AAUAUUGAUCGUAAAAUAUUUUUACAAAUAUCCAAUUACAGUGAAUGUAAAAUUCAGCUGCCUAUCGAGAGCGGGCAGCCGGUGAGAUUCCCAUCGAAAACUCCAGCUGCCAGUCAACGGCGGUCUGCCGGUGAGAUUCUUAUGGGCCACUCACCAAAGAUAUAAGCCCUCGAAUCCUCUACGCCUCUAACGAAGCCGAAGAGUACUUGUAGGUAGAGGAUCUCAUUUGGGCCACCGACGGUGACCCGACUCGCGCACCUCCUUUUCCAGAAGAGUUGUGUAUUCGUACAGUCACAGCCCGUUGCUUUCAAAGCAGGUCGGUUUCCAUUCCGUUAUACGCGCCACGAAAAAUGAAAUUACUUGGACAAUAUUACAAAGAAAUCGAGCUCCUCGACGACGGCCAUGGUGGAGUUCUCUAUAUAACUCUGCUCAUGCCUACUUCACUGCUUCCAGACUUCGAGCCCAUUUGACGUGCUUCCAUUCGAGAUAGUUCAAUCGAUCGCUUCCUCGAGUCGCUCUAGGGCUCGAUCGAGAGAACGCUGCGCGAAUCGGGAUCGAUCCGUUCGAUUUAGGGGUUUCCAGUGGCGUUCUUCGGCAGGAACUGGCAAUUGUGCUGCGAUCGAGGCGAUUGGCUUAGGUUUUGAUGGAAUCGGUCGAGGCCCCGCAGAUCUCGGGCGUCAGAUCGGGGAGUUCCGGCACCUGCGCGGCGGAGAUCGCGGAGUCCCUCCGUUUCGAGGAGGAGAUCCAGAGUCUGAUCGUCCACCCUAACUUCGAGGCUUCUAAUGGGAGCUCCUUCACCGCGCUUCUUGGCCUCUCCGGCAACCAGGCCGCGGAGCUCCUCCACGAGUACGGCCUCACUGCGGCGGCCUCCUCCCCUGCUGGCGCCGCCGAGAUGUGGCGACUCCGCCUUGGAGGCGACCGCGCGGCGGGGGAGCUCCGCCUUCCGCUCGGUUGUUCCCCCACCUUCCCCUCCGACGCUGCCAUCGUCGAGAGCGCGGCGAGGUUUUCUGUCUUCGCAUCCGAGGAGUCCCCCGCUUCGAGCUCCGGAGGAGGCAUCUCGCCGAGGCUGAAGGUGGAACAGCUGGACCCCGAUUCGCCCCCUUCCGUCCCCGUUCUCCCCUCGCCGAAGACGAAGAGAUCACCGGCGAAGAGGAAAGGGACGUGCGAGAAAAGCAAGGCGAGGGGAACAGCAAAAAAAAUCAAGAGGACCGAAGAGAAAAAAGACCCAACCAAGGCCACGGCGACGGAGGAAGACACCGCCGACGAGAAGCUCCCCUACGUUCACGUCCGCGCUCGCCGAGGACAAGCAACCGAUAGCCACAGCUUAGCAGAGCGGGCUCGAAGGGAGAAAAUAAAUGCGCGGAUGAAGCUUCUGCAGGAGCUGGUCCCCGGUUGCAGCAAGAUAACAGGUACAGCUUUAGUUCUUGAUGAAAUCAUCAACCACGUACAGUCUCUGCAAAGGCAAGUUGAGUUCCUGUCGAUGAGACUAGCGGCAGUCAACCCGUGCAUCGAUCUUAGCUUCCUGGACCACAUUUUAUCGACGCAGUGCGAACCUGGCGCUGGUGCUGCUAACGGAAGAGAAGCGUUGGCCUGGAAUCCUGCUCCGUGGUCACCGGAUUCCGCUAUUGCAGGCGAAGACGUACGACGACUACUACUGCCGCGGCAGUACCAGGUCUGGCACCUCGACCUCCUCGGCCCCCAACAAUCAUCCAUGGCGUGGGAGAGGGAUGCAACGCCGCAUCACAAUGCCCUUCCCUUCCCCGGGACAGGAACCGGGACCUCCCUCUUUGGCUAUGAUAGCACCAAUUCAGUGCCUCUGAACGCGAGCCAAUCGAAGACAGAACUCUAAACUGAAAUAUCAUCAGUUCUCUCCUAUUUCUGAUAUAACAUCUGUAAUUAUGCUCUAAUUGACGUAGUAAUCAAUUCAGAAAACUAAGCCAAGUAUGAUCCUCUAAUUCCUGAUGAUUGUAUUGUGCUUAUGAAGGCUCUAAUGUUCCCAUAUAUUCAAGCAGCAGGUUUAUUUAUGCUAUUAAUCUACCUAUUUUAAACUUCCA